GUGAGGAAAUGAGUAAAUGACAGAAAAGGGGCGCGUGACGGCGUGAGGGUCUGAGGGAGUAGCAGUCUAGCAGAGGUUGCGUCCGUCACGGUCACGGCGGAAGCGGCGGAAGAAGAGGGAGACGGGAAGAAGUAGAGCAAGUCAGCACUGCAGUAGUGUAAUCACUACAGUCCACGAGCGCAGUGGAGAUAUCAGUAGCUAGAAAUUAGCAAGGCAGCAGUCUCUCUAUAGGAGAUUUCGGGAGAAUCGAGCAGUUCCCCUGACGACCCAAAUCUCUAAUACCUAACUUAUAGCGACGGAGUCCACCCUCGCACCUAACUCCUCGCCCUGUCUCGCUUCCGCAGACACGCCAUUCAUUCAUCGCUUAGCUCAUCCCUUAGAAAAAUUCACCCCCAGACACCGAAAUUGUCCAUUGUUCUCGAUUUCUUUCCAUUUUUGUUUCUGGGUUUUGACAAAUUUGCCAACCUGGGUCCGCCGAGCUCCUCUUCAUCUCCCUCAGCCAUGGACGUUGAUCCUCCUAACUACGACAACGUUACAAUCAAUGACAGUGAUGUCCACAGUAUUGUUCUUUCGUAUUUGGUCCACAAUUGCUACAGAGAAACGGUGGAGUCAUUUGCUGCUGGCACGGGGAUGAAUCAACCCGCCGAUUAUCUUGAAGACAUAGAGAAACGGAAAAAAAUUUUCCAGUGUGCUUUAGAGGGAAAUGCCCUCAAGGCGAUCGAACUGACUGAACAGCUGGCACCCGAUCUACUAGAGAGCAACAAGGACUUGCAUUUUGACCUCUUGAGCCUUCAUUUCGUCGAGCUUGUCCGCUCAAAGAAGUGCAAUGAAGCCCUGGAAUUUGCUCAGACCAAGCUGACUCCAUUUGGGAAGGUGCAGAAGUACGUUGAAAAGCUUGAAGACUUCAUGGCGCUACUUGCAUAUGAGGAGCCAGAGAAGUCUCCAAUGUUUCAUCUUCUCAGCUUGGAGCACCGUCAGCAAGUUGUCGACAGUUUGAACCGAGCUAUUCUUGCACAGGCAAAGCUUCCAAGCCACACUGCAAUGGAGAGGUUGAUACAACAGACAACAGUAGUCAGGCAACUGCUGAAUCAAGAUCACGCCAAGGAUGGGCAUCCACCAUUUGCUUUAAAGGACUUCCUCAACGGCUAAGCCUGUGUUAUAAAGUGUUGGAAUCAUCGCGUUGAGAUGUGACCACCGGUCUGUUAGCAUGCUACUGCCACCAAAUUGGUUUUGGUUUUUGGGUAUAUAUAUAGACUAUAGUCAUUAGUCAGUCACCACCACGGUCUCACACGUCAGUGACAAGUUGCUCGGACAACUAGUUACGUUCUGCCGGAACAGACACUACUCAGUCUGGAUUCAGCUUGACAUACCUCUGUUUGAUACUGGUUGAUUGUUUAGUGAGAUCAAAGACGGAAGCUUCAAUCAGUCUUAGAUGACUGGCAUUUCGCAUUUCUGUAGCUUGGAAAUGAGUUUUCUUUUUUCCUUGGCUUGUAAGAUUCACUGUGGCAAUGAAAUUGCGAGAGGCUU